AUGUGGGAGACUCGUGCCGCCGCCCCUGCCACCCCUGUGUCAGUGUGCCUGUGGCGGCGGCGGCCGACGGCCGACGGCCGACGGCCGACGGCCGACGGCAUACGGCAUACGGCAUACGGCAUACGGCAUACGGCAUACGGCAUACGGCAUACGGCAUACGGCAUACGGCAUACGGCAUACGGCAUACGGCAUACGGCAUACGGCAUACGGCAUACGGCAUACGGCAUACGGCAUACGGCAUACGGCAUUACGGCAUACGGCAUACGGCAUACGGCAUACGGCAUACGGCAUACGGCAUACGGCAUACGGCAUACGGCAUACGGCAUACGGCAUACGGCAUACGGCAUACGGCAUACGGCAUACGGCCGCGUGCAUCGCCGGUAG